GAGAAUUUAGUUUACUAGAUUUACAAGCUUCUGCUUAGAAUGUUGCUGACUUGCUGUGUUGUAAUGUUCGUAUGAAUCGAGUUUUUGUUUUGUUUUUUCUGGUUUUUGAGCAGCUUUUAAAGCGUACACGGUAGAAGGAAAGUACUCACUAGUCAGUAACUACUCAGUAACAAACUUAGUUUUUACAAAUCACAAUUAUGUCUUUUGGAUAUUGCUGUUUAGAAAUCUUUGAAGAUUUAAUAGCCACCUGGCGGUUAAACUGACAAACAUCCUGUGUUCAGUUUCGUCUGCGUUUAUAAACUGAAACAACGCGCAGCGUCGAGUAGGAGUGUCGUUAGGGAUUGAAUCGCUUGUUUAUAAAUUGACAACAUUGAUUGUACUUAGGGUUGAAAUAUUUCAAAAGAAACCCAAAUGUUGGGAAAAUUCAAAAAUUUUUUUUCCAACUGGUUCAGCUCUGGUAAUCAGACUCAGGGUUUAAAGCGGGAAAGGGAAUUUACACCUGAUGAACAGUCUCCUGAUUUAGCAGUACCUCCAUUAAGUCAUGCCCCAGAUGCAAAGAAACUUAAACUAAUGGCAAAUAUUCCACAUGACACAGAGAACCACAUCCAGAGCAUGGCAUUUACAAAGCAACACUCCAAGCAAGACCUUGAAACCAAAUCAUGGAACCAGUUCUUUAAAGGUUCUACCUUACAGACAUCAACCCCAGUUGGCAGCCCUAUUCCAGGAGAAGCUAAUUUCUUGAAAGAAAUUGAUGUUGGUAAUACCCAGAAAAAAAAAGACGAUGUUAAGCCUCCUUCAAGAAAAAAUAAGGUUGAACUAAACCAACCAAUCUCGAGCACUGAGCCUGUUGAAGGUAGUUCAAGUUUAAGCCAGCUAGAGAGACUCAUGGCUGACAGAUUGGGUAGUACAGUUCUUGGUGUGAAACCAAAAACUAAUUCUUUCCAGAAAGUAGAAUCUAUGUCGUCAUUUACAGUCGCUCCGCUUCCAAACAAUUUUCCUGUAUCUACUAAGAAAAAUGAGUUCUCACGAAGCAAUAAUUCAAAAAUAUCAUUUCAUCAACCAACUCAAGAUUUGAGGAAGCGCAUUUCCAAUGGAUGUGUUCAGAAAACCAACUACAGGCCAAUGUUGCAAAAGCUUUAUGGAUCUCCAAAACGACAGAAAUCUAAGUCCCUUAAAACUUCUUUACUGAGCAAUCACUCACAACCAUUAGCAAUUCAGAAUUGCGUUCGGAUGGAUGAGAAGUUGUCAUACAAAGCCCUUCUUAGUCAGUUUACGACUAGAUCACCAUUUGCCAAAUUGUCAUCUUCCUCAACAUCGUUUUCCUCAAUAUCAAAUUUUCACAGUUCUUCGGCCAUCCUACAAGAAAAGAUUGAUAGCAAAGAAGCGAAAUCAAUUCAAGAGCAGCUUAAGACAUCGGGUGUCGUCAUUGAUUUGGCCAACGAAUCAAAUUCCUUCAGUAAAACUACUAAUAUUUUACCAUCUUCCCCGUCUCCCGUGAAAGCCAUUACUGUUCGAAUCAAUUCAUUGGAAGAAGCUCUCGCACAGUCUCCACAGUACGAUUGUCGAUUCAUCUCCGAUAUCAAGUCACGAUAUAGCAAAAAGGAGCGUGAUCGGCAACGAUUGCGAGAUGAAGAAGCGAUACGUUCAAAGGUAUUGGCCGAAAAUCGCGAAGAAUGGGAAAAAGAUUUGGAGCAGAGAGUUCGGAAACAGUUAGAAAUCGCCAUUAGACCUGUUAUUGAAGAAGCUGAAGUAGAAGAAAUAGUAUCAUUACCUGUCAUCUCGAAUGAUAUGCAAGUAGUCAUUGACAGAGCUUGGAAUGGCCAUUCAGACGGUGAAGUAUUAUGCGACGCUUUCAGUCUUACUAUUACUCGCCGGGAUGUCAAAACCCUAUCUGGAUUAAAUUGGCUCAAUGAUCAGGUGAUCAACUUUUAUCUAACCCUCAUCAUGGAGCGCGGUAAUUCUGGUGCUUGGCCUAAAGCGUAUGCAUUUAACACCUUUUUUUAUCCGAAACUGAUGAGCUCGGGUCAUUUGGGGCUGAAGCGAUGGACCAGAAAAGUAGACCUCUUUGAGCAGGAUAUCGUUCUAAUCCCUGUCCAUCUAGGACUCCAUUGGUGUCUUGCGACCGUUUGUCCAAAGGAGCAGGCCAUCCGGUAUUACGAUAGUAUGGGUGGGCAGAAUUUGGAUUGUCUUAAUGGACUGAAGCGAUACAUGGAGGCGGAGAGCAUUGACAAAAAGAAAACUACCCUUGAUACGACUAAUUGGAAACUGGAGUGUGUGGAGAAUAUUCCACAGCAAAUGAACGGUUCUGACUGCGGCAUGUUCACUUGCAAAUAUGCGGAAUACUUAUCACGUAAGGCAAAAAUUACAUUCGCACAAAAAGAUAUGCCCUAUUUUCGGAAGAGAAUGGUAUACGAAAUUAUCACCCAAAAAUUAAUCAAUCCCUAAACACCUGUUAUAUCGUCUUAAAAUCCCCCAUUUCUUGAGGAGAUGGAUUUCCUUAAGCUUUCUAUCUAUUUAAAUUUGCUAUAGACACUGUCUUUUGUGCCUGAUGUUUUGUCUUUGGACUGGAAGAACAACCCUGUUGAUGCAGAAUAAAUUUAAUGCUUUUUUUUUUCA